UGAUAUAUAAUUCGCUUACAUGCAUCGUGUAACGCAUUAAUAGAAGUUCGGUUAAUUGCGGUUCGAGAUUUAUCUUUCAUUCAAGGUGAUCAUGGCUUUGCGGGGACUUAACACGAUCAGGCAUAUAAUUAGGAAUAACAAUAGAUAUAAUGGCCCAUUACUUCUGCAAAACACAGUUCUUCCUCUGUCACGAUUUUUCUCAUCAGCAGGUGCAGAGCUGGAGUAUGUGAAAGUCGAAAAGAUGGGUGCAAAAAAUAAUGUUGGUGUCAUUACAUUAAAUAGACCCAAAUCAUUGAAUGCCUUAUGUAAUGGUCUGUUUGACGAAUUGAACCAAGUGGUUAAUGAAUUUGAUACUGACCCUACUAUUGGGUGCUUAAUUCUAACUGGUACUGGAAAAGCGUUUGCAGCUGGAGCUGAUAUCAAAGAAAUGAAGGACCAGAAAUAUGCUAAUGUUGUUGGCUCUAAUUUUCUUGGUCACUGGGAUCUUAUCACCAAGUUGAAGAAGCCUAUAAUUGCUGCUGUUAAUGGUUAUGCUUUAGGUGGAGGCUGUGAAAUUGCAAUGAUGUGUGAUAUCAUUUAUGCUUCAGAGAAGGCCCAGUUUGGCCAACCAGAGAUCCUUCUUGGCACAAUCCCAGGAGCUGGUGGUACACAGCGCCUUACUCGAGCUGUUGGGAAGUCCAAAGCUAUGGAAAUAGUUCUUACAGGAAAUAGGAUAACAGCAGCUGAAGCAGAAAAGUCAGGUCUGGUAAGUAAAGUGGUCCCGGCAGAUGAACUGAUGUCAGCAACAUUGAAAACAGCCGAGACAAUUGCCAAUCAAUCUAAAUUGAUAACAAUGAUGUGCAAAGAAGCUGUCAAUGCAGCAUUUGAGAUGACUCUCCAAGAAGGUUGUCACUUUGAGAAGAGGGUGUUUCACAGUACUUUUGCUACUAAUGAUCGAAAAGAAGGAAUGACAGCAUUUGUUGAAAAGAGACCAGCAGAAUUUACUGACAGUUAAAUAACUUAGUGCGUACUAUGAUGAGAACAGCUGUUAAUUGAUAACAUAGAUGAUGAUGAUAUUUUUUGAUUGGCUCACUUAACUUUGGAAAUCAAUCAAGUUGCUCUGCUCUUUAAUUUAGUUUUGCAGUAUCUGUAAAAAUGAUAAUUAAUAAAGCAACAUAAUUUUUUA